GCAUUUUACAGCCCAGCUCGGCUCGGCUCGGCUCUCGAGUCAGUUGUGAGGCCGCAUUCGGAGCGCAAGUUUCGUUGCAGUUUUGGUUUUGUUAGAGGGCGAAAAUGAAAGCGUGUUGGCUGUGCUUGCUGAUCGUUUUUGGCUUGUGGGCGCGACGCGGGGCUGCCUUAUCAACGCCUUGCCAGCUGAGGGAGACAAGCUACGGCAGCGUUUGCGUCUGCAACAGCAGCUACUGCGAUUAUCUAGAUCAGCCGAUUCUCAGUGAUAACGCUCAGAUUGUGGUGAUUAGCUCUAGCAAGAAUGGCCUGCGUUUCAAGCAAGCCCAUGGCAGUUUUCUGGACAAAGAGGCAUUGGAAGUGCAGGAUCAUCGAUGGAUUGAUGAAAACUUUGUAGCGGACUCCAUUAUUGUUGAGCAAAACAAGGCCUGGCUACAAUUUGCCAACGUUCCGCAACGCUUCGCUUUCAAUGUGAGCAUUAAGACCGUGCAGUUAACGGUUAAACGCGAGCAGCGCUAUCAGAAAAUAACAAAUUUUGGAGGCGCUUUUACGGGCAGCGUCUCGCACAUUUUAAAACAACUCCCAGUCGAUUUGCAGGAUCAUGUCUAUAGAUCCUAUUUUCACGCCGAUGGCAUUGGCUAUAACUCAAUACGCAUGUCGAUUGGUGCCUCCGACUUUGAUCUACAGCCCUGGGCCUACAACGAGCUGCCGCGCAACGAUCCAUCACUGAGCAACUUUACCACACUGGAUGCACGUGAUCUUCAGAAAAUUGAACAGCUGAAACGCCUUAAAGCAGUCGCCCAACUGAAUGAUCUGAAAAUUAUGGCCGCUGCUUGGAGUGCGCCCACAUGGAUGAAGAGCAACGAUAGAUGGACGGGUUUUGGUCAGCUGAAAUCGGAAUACUAUCAAGCCUGGGCGGAUUACCAUUUGAAAUUUCUCGAACUGAUGCAGUCUAAAAAUAUGCCCGUCUGGGCCAUAUCCACUGGCAAUGAGCCGUUAAACGGCGUCAUCGGUUUCAUCUUUAUACACUUCAUGAGCAUGGGCUGGACGCCCUGGCAGCAGGCGAUUUGGCUCGGCGAUUAUCUGGGACCGACCAUCAAGAAGUCCAAGCAGAGUCAUGUGCUCAUCUUUGGCAACGAUGAUCAGCGUUAUACGUAUCCCUCCUGGUUUCGCAAGAUGCGCGCCUCUCGCAGCAAUGCCCUCGACUAUCUUGAUGGCCUGGCGGUGCAUUGGUAUUGGGAUGAGAUCUUUGGACCACAGCUUAUAGAUGACGCCCAUACAGAGAUGCCAAAUAAAUUGUUAUUGAAUACGGAAUCUUGCAUAGGCGACAAACCAUGGCAGACGCACGGCCCAGAGCUGGGCAACUGGGGACGUGGCGAGAGCUAUAUGCGCGCCUAUAUACAGGACUUGCUGCACAAUUUCAACGGCUGGCUAGACUGGAAUCUGGUGCUGGAUGAGCAGGGCGGUCCGAACUAUGUGCACAAUUAUGUGGAUGCUCCGGUUAUCGUGAAUACAACGAGUCGCACCGAAUUCUACAAGCAGCCCAUAUACUAUGCCAUCGGGCAUUUUAGCAAGUUUCUACCGGAGCAAUCCGUGCGGAUCGAGGCGAGAACCAACGAAACCGAGUCCUUCGCCCAGCUGAGCGCGGUGGGCUUUCAAAGGCCGGAUGGCAGCGUGGCGCUGAUCUUGUACAAUGGCGAAAACCUGCCCGUUAAUGUGGCGCUCAAUGACAGUCAACGUGGUGCAUUCAAUUUGCGUCUGCCAGCUCGCUCCUGGCACACCGUGGUCUACAAAUGAUCUGCAAUGGAUUCCAGGAAACUACCAAAUGGGUUAAGCAUAGCGUAAAGUGAUAUAAUCUAUACUAUAUAUAGCCAAGGGUCCAGCCGGCAGUGCACGUUGCACGUUGCACGUUGUUGCUGCCCCAAGGACCAAUUAAGAUAGAAAACAUGUUUGCCACUCUGCCACUCUGCCGCUCAAGUGACAAGCGCAGGAAGCCAAUAAAUUUGCCCCGCAACAGGAUGCGGAUGCUCCACAGCGUUGACUCUGGAGAUUUGUCCAAGCGCAACGACCAAGACAACGGAAAUUUGUUUAAGCUGCUCAAUUUGCCGUAACACGUCUGUUUACAAUGAAAAUUCAUUUGCCGUUUACCCCGCACCGCCCCAUCUCAGUUUAGUCUGCCAUUGGCAUGGGCAUGGGCUAUGGGGUGUGGGGCAAGGGGCAUGGGUAGGUGGCACGGCAAGUAUAAACGAAAUUUCGGAUCAAGUUGAGUGACAACCGGCAGUCGAGCGGCGACAACGACCAACCGAAAACAUCUUUCGUAUAAAUAUUUUCUUAAGUUUUUCUUCAAAUAAAAUGUUCUUCUUAUUUUGUUUUUUA